AUGGACCAUCUGGACCCAAACGCGUCGCGCAGCGUCACUGCUCUCCAAGGAACGGCACGGACGAUGUGGUUCACCGGCGUGAUCAUCGCUUCAAUUUACGGUGUAAUAAGCGUUUUGGGGCUAAUUGGCAACAUCACGCUCAUCAAGACGUUUUGCUCUGCCAAAUCCAUCCGCAAUGUGCCGAAUCUCUUCAUGUCGAGCCUUGCGCUCGGGGAUGUUUUACUGCUGGUGACCUGCGCUCCGGUGGAUGCCAGCCGCUACCUGUCAGAGGAGUGGCUGUUCGGGAGAGUGGGCUGUAAAGUCAUCCCCUUCAUUCAGCUCACCUCGGUUGGGGUGUCUGUGUUCACUCUCACGGCCCUUUCCGCUGACAGGUACAGGGCCAUCGUGAAGCCUCUGGACAUCCAAACAUCAAGCACCACUACCAGUAUUGUCCUGCGGGCGGCGCUCAUCUGGCUCUUUUCCCUGAUCCUGGCUAUCCCCGAGGCUGUAUUCUCUGACCUCCAUACCUUCAACGUCACCUCCACUAAUGAGAGCUUUGUCACCUGCGCCCCUUAUCCCACAUCUGGGGAUCUGCACCCUAAGAUCCACUCAAUGGCCUUCUUCCUCAUUUUCUACGUCAUUCCACUGCUGGUCAUAUCCGUGUACUACACCUUCAUUGCUCGCAGCCUGACGAGGAGCGCCUCAAACCUGCCUGUGGAGGGGAAUGUGCAUGCAAGACGACAGGUUGAAUCAAGGAAGCGAUUGGCCAAAACAGUGUUGGUGUUUGUUGGUCUCUUUGCGGUCUGUUGGCUUCCCUGUCACGUAAUCUACUUAUACCGCUCCUAUCACUACUCACAGGUGGACACUUCAAUUUUUCACUUUGUGUGCAGCGUCGUAGCUCGUAUCCUGGCCUUCACCAACUCUUGUCUCAACCCCUUCGCCCUUUACCUGUUGAGCGAGACCUUCCAGAAGCAGUUCAACCAGCAGCUGUGUUGUUGUUGUUGUGUGAUCCUCAAAUGCUCCUUGCAUAGCCCGACUCAUUUUAACACACAUGUAACGUCUGUCCGCAGCACACAUCAGUCUAUGGCAAGUCUAAGCAUUAUCAAUGGCAGGCGGAUCCAUCAGGAGGAUUGUGUGUAAACUUAUUUAUAUCAUUUAAUAGUGGUUUGUAAAAUAUCUUAACUAACUACUAAAGACUUGAUUAUUUAUUUUACAAGCUGCGUGAGCAUUAUUUAAAAAAAGCAACCUCAGAGCAAUCUGUUUUUUUUGCUUUUGAGUCAUUGACUUGUACUUUACACGUUUUCACAAAUCAUCUUAUACAUAGGAGCCCUGCAUAAAGAUACACUCUAUAAUGGAAUGAUUGUACCCAAAGGAGUAUAAAUGUUGCAAUUCUAUGAAGGCUGGGGACUUGAGAGAAACAUUAUUAUUAUUACUAUUAUUACUAUAAUUACAAGAAUGUUCAUCAAAGUAGCAUUAGUAUUAAGCAUAAAACUCUUAAAACACUGGAUCUGGACAUUUUCCAAGCUGGUUCCCUAGAAAAUACAUUACAUUUGAAAUACAAAUUGUUUUUUUGAUUACAUCUUGCUCCCUGGAUUAUAUUCACAGGCAUCUGUUUUUACAAAGCAGAAGGUGUAACAUCUUUGUAUCACAUAGCUGUCAUAAGGACACAGUAAAGUGGCAUUUGCAGUCUGAGUGACAUGUGUCUAGAAAAGCUAGAAAAGAUGGUGGUAUUUGGUAAAUGUUAAAAUUAGUCAUGUUACAUGCUUCAAGUCACUAAGGUUUUGAGGUUGAGUGUUAAAGCUGCUUUUGCACUUAUGCAAUGAUAAGUUAAAAUCAAAUAAGUACUUUAUCAAACCGUGUCCCAGUCCAGGAUAGGAAAUGAUGCCUUUAUGCUGGAUGAUCACGGCAGGCCACCCUACUACAUCACGUGAUGACGGCGCAAUGUCCACGAGUAGGCUACCAUGAAUAGGACAGGAUAGGAUCACAAUGACACAGCAAUUCCUUUUUU